AUGACUGCCCAUAAUUACAACAAUAAUACUAGGAUAUUUUUCUCUUAUGUUCCAACGUGUUUAGAACAUUCGAAUUUAAAUAUGAACGUUUCAAUAUCAAUGCGGGAAGAACCGGAUAUAAUUUACAGUGAAAAUGGAAAAGACGUGAUCAUAUUCUCAAGGAUUGUUAUUAGAAAAAAUCACAAUAGCAAGCUUUUAUCAUCAAUGGAUGUCGCAAAUGCCUCAAGAUUUAAUAUAAAACAGUUAUUGUUUCUCUGCAUUAAAUUAAACGAUAGGAAUAUUUACAGUAAAAAUGAAUAUCUAGUAACGGGACCCAGGCAGAUUAAUAACACUGAAUUAAAUAAACAACAAAAUUUUGAAACAUUAUUGAAUUAUAAGUGGUACUGUAAAAUUAACAAUAUACUUGUUAUAACUUUCAUUUCUAAACUAGACCAUCAGGUUAAUUGCGAAGACAAUGAGUUUAAUCAGUAUUCUCAAAAUGUGACAUACUCAUUUUACAGUUUUCCAGGGAACUUCAUUACUAUUGAUAAACAUUUAAUUAUUGAAAAUUCAUUAGUUUGUUGGUGUGGAGGUAACAAUUGCAAAUCUAUUUCAGAUCAUUCGACAACAUUAUUAUUUCCAUCAUUUACAGGAAUUGAGACAAUUGUAACUAAAUUAACUGAUGAGCCAAUAAAACUUAUAUAUUUUGGCUCAAAACUAUCCCUUUUCGAUGAAUUAAGAAUAGUUGAUUAUAAUGUUAAAUGCGGUAAGAUCAACUCUUCAAAAAUGACCAAUAAUUUAUUAUCAAAUUCCACUUUACUGGAAAAUAUCAGUUUAAAUUAUAAGCCGGAUAAAAAUAAUUAUGGUUUAGUUAAGAAAUAUUCAUCUAACAAUGAUAAUUACCUUUGGGAAUCUUUCCAGUUAUUGGUUACCAGAACAAAUAACAACAAUCUUCAUUAUAAGAUAUGUUUUUGUUCAUUCAUUCUCAACGAACAAUGUAAAUCAGAUGAUGAUUUUAUUGACACAACUGGAUACAUUGUUAACAAUGAAACUGAAUUAAAAAUGAAGUCAAUGUUAAUAAGAAUAUUCAUUUCUUAUUCUGAUACUUUGAAUAAAACUUGUUCUAGGAAUAAUAUAAAUUCUUUUUUACCAAUUGUUUAUUCAUUUAGAGUCGAAGGUGACAUUAAAAUCGCCUCUAAAUUUGUAAGUGAAUUCGUUACCAGAUACUCUGGUCAUGAAGGGUUUGUAUAUGAGUCAUGUAUAGUCGAAUCAGGAUCCGAUGUAUUUAAUUCCAAAAAUUAUACAAGAUUUUUAAUACAUAACAAAAGUGGAAUAUAUAUAAAACAAAAGUUGAAUAUAAAGGCUGGUAUACCUCAAAACAUAAUCAUAAGAGGCACCAACAUUUCAAAGAAUUAUGUUUAUAAACUGGGAAUUAUAAGCGUUGAUUUGAAUUGCAAUGAAUCAACAAGCAACAUUAUUCAAAUUAAUAAAUCAGCUCCUGUAGAAAAUAAUAAAGGCAUUUUGUUUGAAAGACUAAUUAUUUAUCAUGAAGGAACUUAUAAAUUAUGUAUUAACAUUUCUGAAAAUAAGGAAAAUGAACAGGAUAAAGACAAACAAGCUGAAAGUGAUAAAGAAUCUACUAGCUCUCCAAGUAAAGAAACAAAUUUAGAAUGGCUAAAUGCUGGAUAUCUGAGAGUUAAAAAAUAUUAUAUUAACUAUACAUCAGAUUUGAUUUAUUUUGGUCCUGAAGGUUCUGAAAGUAAACCAAAUCUGAAUCAGCAAAAGAAUGAAACUUGUUCUAUAAAUGGAUACAAGAAAAUGGUUCAGCUUUGUGUUUUGCUAGAGGAGCAAGUAAUUGUAUUGUCAGAUUGUAAUAACAGAUUGUGGAUUGUAACGUUUAAUGUUAGAAACGGAAUUGUAAACGUCUCAAAAGAUAAAGUUGGAUUAAAUGUGAAUUUUUUAGGGAGCGAAACGGAGAAAAACUGGAUAUUGUGUAGAGAAGUAAAGUCUCAAAAAUCACUUGUUUUUCUAGGUGGGAAAUAUGUGUUGGUUGUUGAUCUUCCGAUUCAACGUACCAAUUUAGAAUCCAAAUUAGUUUUUCCUCAUUUAAUUGUAAACCCAUUAGACAUAGCAAUGAUUAAUAUAAAUAUUUUUUUAAUCUCAGAAGGCUAUAAAAGGGGCAUUUAUUCUUAUACAGUAGUGGGAUUAGGAAUGACUAAAAGUGUUAAAAAAAGGGUGGCUGUAGCAAAUGUUUAUUGUAACAGUAUACUUUCACAGGUUGAAACAGGUGUGUCGGCGGAUAAUUCUCAGUUAUUUUGCUUGGACCCUGAAAAAAACUUGAUUAAUACAUAUAAACUAAGAAUUUCAGAGCCCAAUCCUUCCCUUGUUUUUAUUAGAAGUUAUGAUGGGAUAUCUGAAAACAACUCAGUUCCUGUAGGUUACCUGGAUAAGCCAUCUUCAAUGGAUUUUUAUAAGACUUCUUUCAUGUCAGAAACACAUAUUUUAUUGGUUGUUUCUGAAAACACAACUGGUAGAAUAAUAGUGUUCAAAACUGUGAAUGAAGAGCUUUCUGGAUACAAGGUUAUUUAUUCUAGAGGACUGAUUUCAAGAAUCACAGUUGAUUCAGCUAUUGGGAUGAUUUAUAUUUCAUCUUGGAGGAGCAAUUUUGGUGCAUUAGAACAAUUUGUACAAAAUAAACCCAUUUCAACCUAUGUAAACUUGAAUUUCUACUACAAUGUUUUGGAUAAAUAUCAGAGUGGAGAUGAAAUUAAUUUAGUCCCAAUCAAAAGGGGAGAUUAUUUCGAGUUUUUCUAUGAAAAACAAUUACCAAAAUCUCAAAAGCCUCACUUCAAUAAAGUAAAUCUACAACUGGUAGGAUUAUCAAAAGAUUCUAAAACUGGAGUAAUAACUGGCAAAUUAAAUGUGACUGGAAGGUAUUCGAUAACAAUAUAUGGCGGAAACUUACUCAAACAUGUCUCAACAACUAUAACAAUAUUUGCAUCAUGUGCCCCUGGAAAUCAAUUUAAUAAGAAAAUGAAAAAAUGUGAAGAAUGUCCUAUUGGAACAUAUAGAAAUGAUGAGACUGAGGAUAUUUGUAUUCCUUGCUCCAUGAGAAAAACAAAUUCAACGACAAAACAAUCGGGGUCACGUUAUUUUUGGGAAUGCUUGUGUAGUUCAGGAUAUUACUUUAAAGGUGAUAAAUGUGUUUUAUGUGAACCUGGAACUUUUAAGAGCGAAAUUGGUGAUGCACCAUGUCCAGGAACAUGCGGAAAUAAUGUAACAUCAAAAGUUGUUGGAGCAAAAUCGCUCGAAGAACUAAAAUGCUACUGUGAACCGAAAUUCUAUAAUAUAAAGAAUACGGGGUCACCCGAGGAAAUAAUUCCAUUAGAUUUGCUAAAUUCAGUUGGUAUGGGCUCAAAAUUCGGAAUGAAGUACAAAGAAAUUGAAGAUUCAAGUCCAAUUUGUGCACCUUGUGAUAUUGGAUCUUACUGUCAAGGAGGAGAUUCAUUGCCUACCCUAUGUGGAUUAGGAAAAAGUACAAUUGAUAGAUUUAGUUCUAGUGAAGAUGAUUGUGAAUGUGACAAAGGAUAUGGAUACAAUUUUAACGGUUGUCAACCUUGUUCUCAAUUUGGAUACAAGGAUACUGUAGGUAAUAUUCCAUGCACAAACUGCCAUACUCAUUCAAACAGAAAUGAUGCUAAACCUCUGAAGUUACACUCAGACCUUUUUAGAUUUAAUUUGGAGGCUGCCUUAUCCAAAGAAGAUGAUUUGGGUAUUUAUCAAUCAUUCUCAAACCAUUUGGACAAAUUUCAAAAUGAUACUUCAAAUACUGUUUUGGUGACUAAUGAAUUGGCUUCGAAAACUGUAAAGGCUUGCAAGUUUUGUAUUUCAGGUUAUUAUUUCAACAUCAACGCCAAAGAUUGUUACAAGUGUCCAUACAAUUCAUAUUGUCCUGGAUUUGAUAUUCAACCUAGGAGAUGUGGAUUGAACAGCAUUCUGAACCAAGAUAAAGCUCUUUCUGCAAUAGAUUGUAAUUGUCCCAUGAGAUAUGGAAAUAUUUAUAUUUAUCGUAAUCCUAUCAACUUAUCAGUUGAUUGUCGUCAGUGUAAAGUUGGCUUUUUCCAGCACCUAGAAUCAACAGAUAUAUCAUGUCUACCCUGUCCAGAUAAUACAACAACCUUGUCUGUUGGAUCCAAGAGUAUUUUAUCAUGCAUCCCCGAAAAGGGAUAUUACAUUAAAGGUUUACUCACAGUUGAUCACUCGUUAUUGGUAGAAACCGAUAAUCAGAGUGAGGCUGAAUCUUUUGAGAGUAAAUAUAUCAAGGAAAGAACUGUUUCCAAUAAAUUAAGGGUAAAAUGUAUCAUGACUAAAAAGAACAGUGUAAAUUCAAGGCACAGUACCAUUGUUUUAAGGGAGACAGAAAGUUCUUGUUCUAAGGAAUGCUUGCGGAAUAUUUAUUGCACCGGUUAUUCUUUCGGUGGGACUGCCUAUUACCUUAAUAAAACCUCAACACCUUAUACAACCAACCAAGUUCGAUUGUACGAUGGAACUAGGUUUAUUGACGUGGAAUUUAAAGAGUGCAAAUUAUAUUUUUUCGAUCUUCACAUUAAAAGUAAUGAUGAGGAAUAUGAAACUUUAAAAGUUUGUGAAGUUGUUUAUAAUUUUCCAUUUGAGGCCGUUUUAUGUCCACUUGACAGUUUUUGUACUGGUAGUAGAAUUCCAACUCUUUGUCAUGAAAAUUCAGUAACUCUUGAAAUAGGUUCUAAAUCAGUUGACUCGUGUCUUUGUAUAGCCGGUUAUGAACCAUCGAAAUUAGACAAAAACCAGUGUAAUCCCUGUAGCAUAGGAUGGUAUAAGGAAGAAGUUGGUAAUUUUUCUUGUUUGAGGUGCCCAGACAAGUUUAAAACGUAUAAAAUUGGUUCAAAGCAUGCAUCUGACUGUGCUUGCACUCAAGGAUACUAUGCUGUGGUAGAAAACCCUCAAGAUUUGCCGGUUUCAGGUAAAUAUACUGUAACUGGAAACUCAAUUUAUAAAAGUGAUAAAGAAGUUAUGAUUGACUUAGAUUUGAAGAUAGAUGACUACAAUAGGUUAGAUUUUGUGAGCUAUCAUUCAUAUAAAUUAUCCUUAACUGAUUCUUUGGUAUUAAUUCCUUCAGGAAUAAAUGGAUCUGGUUUUGAAAAUUUACAUAAAAUAAAGUGUGAAAAGUGUUUAACUGACCAUUAUUGUCCUGGUGGAUGGUUUGGGUAUGUAGAUUCUGAUGAUAAAAGUGAGAAUAAAUUAGACGAAUACAAGUAUAAAAUUCAUAAUAUUCCAUAUAAAUGUCCUUUUGGAUCCGGUAUACCUCCUCAAUCGACCAAUCCAUCUUCUUUAACUCAUUGUUUAUGUCUACCAGGUUACAUGCCAGAGGAGGAAAAUUUCCAAGAACAAGAGAUAAAUUUCAAAGGUUUGGAUCAAUAUUUUACUUCAGUGAUGGCGGAUAUCGUUAAGAGAACAUAUUCAAAUAGGUGUAUUCCAUGUGAGCCAGGGAUGUUUAAGGAGGGGCAAGAGAAUUCGCCUUGUAGUGGGCGAUGUAUGGAAUACGCCACAACAUACGGUGGUUCCGUUUCAAAAAGUCAAUGUUUUUGUCAGUAUGGUAGAUACAUGAGGGUUAAAAAACAGAAUAAUAAAGUGGGAGAUGAAAAUCAUUCAUUUAAUAGCUCGGAAAAUCCUGCUGGUGACUAUAAAAAUAUCAAGUGUUCAAAAUGUAUGGAAGGAGCAACAUGUCCAGGAGGAUUAAAUAUCGAGAUUGUUAAGAUCUUAAAGAAGGAUUAUACUUUUGAUUCAAUUAAACUUAGUGAUCACGUUAAGCCUAAGCCAAAACAGGGCUAUUUCCCAGCUUAUCCAGCCUAUAAUAAUGUUGAAAAAAAGAGCAAAAUUUGGAACCCGAGUGAACAGAACGUAUCUAUAGUAGAACGAGUGUACACUGAUUUUGUUGAGUUUCACCCUUGCAAUUUGGAGUUUAGAUGUGGCUCUCAAUUCCAAGGAUAUUGUUCCAGGGGUUCUGAUGGAUAUCUUUGUAGCAGAUGUAUGCGAAAUUAUGACAUUUGGCACUUCAGAACAGAUUGUUCUAAAUGUAAGUCUAUCCUGAGAGAAAUUUGGAGUUACUUGUCACUAAAAAUAUUGAUUUAUUCAAUGGUUUUAAUCUUGAUUGUCAUUUUAUACUACGAUCAAAUUGUUUGCUUCGUUCUAAUUAAGAUAUUUAUGGAAUUUUACUUUACAAUGAUACCCUAUGGGAUAAUUAGUGUGUUUACAAACUCGAGCAUUAAGCGGUUUGUUCCAGUGUUCAAUAGUGUAUUUGGAUACCCUCUAUGGUCUUUUGCUUAUUUUCGACUUGGAUGUAUAUUCAAGAGUAUAAAUUAUGUUAGUUUGUGGUACUUUCAGAGAUUAACUUCAGUUUUAAUACCUGUUAUUGAUUCCAUUAUUUUGUUUUCAAUUUGUGCAGCUUUCUUGAUGCUGAUUGAAAGAACUUAUAAAAUUACUUCAAGUACUAGUGAAAUGGAUACAUUUGGAAGGGAUUAUAUGAGUGAAAAGAAGUGGAGGGUAUUAUAUUUUAGAAUUUUGGCUAUUUGUUACUUUAUUCAGUUACACUUUAUUUGGAUUGAGUUGUUGCAGUUGAUUUGGUGUGUAAAUUUGAGUUACAAGAGGCAAAAUCAUAUUUCAGUUUUAUUAUAUAUGCCGGUUGAGUUGUGUAGUAUCAAGAAUUUCAGGUUUGUGCUGUUUGCCACAAUUUCGGGAUUUAUUUUGGUUUUAUCUUUUUGUUGUUUCUGUUAUUACAUUUCAAAUCACAAAUUGGACAGAGUUGGUGAAAUUUUUAGUUUCGGUUAUCGAAGAGGAUUUAGGGAAUGGGAUUCAUUUGUUCUGUUAAGGCGUUUUAUUGUCUCCAUUAUUUGCACGAUUCAGAUUGGGAUUAUUUCGCCCUUGGAAUCUGGCCGUUUAAGGAUAAUUUCAAGUCUGAUGUUAUCUUGCCUAAUUGCUGUAUUUAAUUUUACGCUUUAUCCAUUUAACCUGAGAAGUGAUAAUUUGUUUAAUAGAAUGCAAAUGUUAGGGAUUAGCGUUAACAUUACAACAGCUUGUAUAAUUCAGGUAUUAGUUUGUGAAAUAAUUUUAUUUAGGGCAGUUUCAGUUACGACUUUAACUUUGGCAGUUUGGAGAAUUGUUGAUUUUUUUACACUAUGGCACACAAAUGCUGAAAUUACUCUAAAUCUUAAGAAAAAGUGCAUAACAGUUGAGCCACCUUUUGAGGUUUUGAAGGGUAAGUUUGAGAAAUAUAGACGAAAUACUGCCAGUUUGAGUAUUAGCAGCAGGAAUGCGUUAUCUUUAUCUAUUCGUGAGUCCCUAAACAGGCUAAUCCUGGAGAAGAAGAGGACUUUUGUUCCAAGCUGGUGGCUAGAGUUUGUCGUGAACUAUACCAUGUGCAGAUAUGAUUGGUAUAAGAGGGGUGCUACAAACUACACAAGUGUUGAGGAAAUGGUAAUAACUCCUUGGCUCAUAAGCAAAUUCACUAUUGAGCCAUGGCAAGAGGAUUUGGUGGAGUGUAUAAGGAAUUAUGAUCCUGAAAGACAUGACCUAUUACAAGAGGUAAUUCAUAAGUAUAAAGAGAAAAGAACUUUUGUUUUCGACAGGAUUAAAACUUGUGGAGAUUUUAAAGAAAAGAAAUUUAACAAGAUGCUUGAAAUGACGCACACCAAAAGGAUUCUAGAGGAAAGACUGGAAAAGUUAAAUUUAAAGCUUGAAAAGCUAAAGGAGAAUGCAAAACAAGGUGAAAAGGCUGUGGAAUAUGUAAGGAAGAUCCAAAGAGGAGUUAAACAAAUAUUAGAUACCAAACUCACUAAUGAAGAGAUUCUAAGAAGAAUUGAGCAAUACAAUAAAAAUCUAACUAACAAAAAUUAA